GCCUUGUUGGUCGAUCCCCAAGGAGAGGUUACUUAGACACAGGGAUUCUUGGGAUAGAGGGUAAAAACACGAGAUCUGCGGCCGGUACGGGUUACUGGAGGUGGUAAUUAAGCCAAUCGAGAGCUAAGUUUGGAGGCGGAUGCGAGCCGUGACAAGGAAACAGGUCCGGGCUGCCGCAACUGUCACAGGUCCGGGCUGCAGCGACUGUCAUAGGGUCGGGUUGUAACAGUUGGCAAGAAAACCUAACUGCGUCUUCAGGCGGUCCAAUGAAACCCGACACGAUGGGGCCACAACCGACCAUGGGCGAAGCGGGAGAGGAGUAUAGGACAUCGCCCGAUCGAGCUCUGAGAGAACUGAAGGAACGAAUUAGGCAAGAAGCACCGCUGAGAUGGGUUGACCAAACCAAUGACGGAGGGCUCGAUGUAAGAGGCGAACCAGUUGCAGCAGAGCCGCAGGAGGCUCUAAGGACGGGUACCUCGAGCGGACGACGAGAAACGACGAGACGACGCUCCCCCGAGUACGAGCGGAGGGACACCAUAGCGGAUAGGCACAGAAACGACUGGGGAGAGAGUUUGAGGGAUUCCUAUUGGAAGGACAAAGAUAGAGACAGGGCGCCGCCCAGGCGAGUCUUCGACCCCCAGACAGGGGAGUCACAUCCACUCCCUUACGAGAGAAAGGAUCGCUAUAUUAUUACGCACAAGGCCUCAGAGCCUCCUACCUUUAGGGGUUAUGGUAUCACAGAAUAUCUGGAGAAGUGGGAGCUUCACGCCAGCCGGAGUCAGUGGUCGGAGGAAGAGAUUGUAGAGAACUUCCUAUUUAAUGUGGACCCAAGUCUUGGUAGGGAAGUUAAGGAAGCUCGACUGAAGGAUGGGAAAUGGACUACGUACAAGAAGAACCUCGUUGAGCUUUACAAAUUGGAGGAUAGCAARUAUUCCAUCAAGGACCUUGAAACAAUGACUCAAGAUGAAGAUGAGAGCGUACGGGCAUUUGGGAUGCGUUUCCAAAAGAUCUCUGACGUGCUGAUGAAGAAGGGGAAGAUCUCAGUGGUCGAGCGCUGUCCUAUCUUCAUCGGACACUUCUCCAAAGGUAGGCAAAAAAGUAUACUUAGAGAUCUUCCGCGCGACAGGCUUGAUUUCCCAGAAGUCCUAAAGCUCGCGAUAAAGACAGAGGCAGACGAUUACAAGGACUUGGUGUGGAGAGGGAUGAGGAGACGUGACUUCUCUCUCUACAAGGAGUAUGCCACUAAUAGAUGUCCUGAUUUCAAGGAUUAUCCCUGGUCGGAGGAGAAUGAGGCCGUGGCUGAGGAAGUGAAGGAGAUACGGGACAUGGUGAAGGGAUUAACGAGAUAGGUUACAGAGAUUGUGACCACUACAGGGGCCACGGCCUACCGGGACAAACCUGGAGGGCCCUAUUCACUUCGCUGGGACCGUAGGAACAACGAUCCCUGGAGGAGUAUCGAGGAUAAAAAUCCUCGGACGCU